CUCGUCUAGCAGCGAACCCGAAGAUACAGGAUGAACAAGAAGGAGAUGCAGCUGAGAUCGUCUAGCCAACCGAGUUCAUGCACUGCAUUCUCGAUUGUGAAUUAUUUGGGAAAUGCAUCAGUUCAUGUAUCAUGUGAAGAUUCAGAAAGGUAACUGAAGAUUUUAACCAAUCGAUGGGAACGGCCAAUCCAAUAAAUGGAUCAUCCCAUUUCUGUUCGAGUCGCAAUGAUUCACAAGCUGUGUCUCACCGGGAAUCUGGACCACCGAGGCAUUGGAACAUGCAGCAUGCGCAUUCAUAUUCGAUAGAGAAGACAACUAGUUGUGCUGGUUCCUGUGUGAUCUCCGUCUGAGAUGGCAAGACAAGCCUACCCCAUGCAUUUCUUGUUCUUUUCAUUCUGAGGUCAAAGGUUGACAAGGAACAAUCAUAAAGGCAUGCUUGAAUCAUCCGUCCUCAGCUCUGCGACAAGCUGCAAAUCUUUCCGUCUGCUUUUUGAUCAGCCUUAGAGCACCCACAGCCACCUUUUUUUCGGUUUUUUGUUUUCCUUCGGUUACUCUUUCCCCUUUUCUUCCUGUUUUAGUGCCUUCCACAGCAGGAGGCCAGCUCAAUAUCCUCACCUUCGAAUGCCACCAAAGGAACAAAAGGAAGAAGAAGACGGUACCACCACAUUCAUGACCACCAACCCCACCUCUCUCUCUCUGCAGACACGCCAAGACGAAACUGUUCCCUCCUCUGAAUUGUAACUGAAACCCACGGUGAGGAAGCACCUACCUCCUCCCAUCGCAUCAUGACCACCAACUCCAUUAAAUCAAUCUCCCACACACUCUUCACCCCCUGCUCACAAUAUUCUAAUGCUCCUCCUCUCUUUGGCUUCAACUCUCUUCUCCGUAUCACCCCUCCCUGGAUGCUCUCUCCCGCCCCCAUCUGACCUCUCUGUUCGUCUCCUUCACAAUCCCAACCGCCCCUUUCCGAAGCCCGUUACAACAUUCUAAGAGAAGAGGAAAAAAGAACAAUAGCAGACGCCAGAGCCCGUCACCUCUGUCCCCGAUGUGGUGAGGCUUCUCUUGUUUCUGGAAAUCCUCCUCAGAGCUAAAAAUAUGAACCACAUAGCGAGUGCGGUGAUUUCUUGACCUCUUCAAAGAUGGAUCUCGAGCGCGGUGGCGCCGGAGCUGGCCGCUACUCCACUCCUGAAAAGAAGGAUUCAUGGAGGACGGCGCUGACAUUAGCCUACCAGAGUCUCGGGGUCGUGUAUGGCGAUCUGAGCACGUCGCCGCUGUACGUAUACAAGAACACCUUCGCCGAGGACAUAGAACACUCGGAGACGAAUGAGGAGAUCUACGGCGUGCUCUCCUUCGUCUUCUGGACCCUCACGCUCGUCCCCCUCCUCAAGUAUGUCCUCAUCGUCCUCCGGGCGGACGACAAUGGCGAGGGUGGCACGUUUGCGCUGUACUCCCUCCUCUGCCGCCACGCCCGUGUCGGAUUCCUGCCGAAUGGUCAGCUGGCUGAUGAGGAGCUAUCCACUUACAAGAAGAUGGACGGUGGGGGAGCUGCUCCGCCGAUGGGCGCUGACACUGCGGCAUCAAGGGUGAAGAGGCUGCUCGAGAAGCACCAUGUGUUGCAGCGCCUGUUAUUGCUUCUCGCCUUGAUCGGGACUUGCAUGGUUAUCGGGGAUGGUGUUCUCACACCAGCCAUUUCUGUUUUCUCGGCGGUUUCAGGGCUCGAGCUCUCCAUGUCCGAGGAACAACACAAGUAUGUGGAGGUUCCCGUAGCAUGCCUUAUAUUAGUUGCUCUGUUCGCCCUGCAACAUUAUGGCACGCAUCGGGUUGGGUUCCUAUUUGCACCAAUUGUCAUCACUUGGCUUCUAUGCAUCAGUGUGAUUGGUGUUUACAACAUUUUUCACUGGAACCCACAUGUAUAUCAAGCACUUUCUCCAUACUACAUGUAUAAAUUCCUGAAGAAGACUCAGAGAGGGGGUUGGAUGUCCCUGGGUGGCAUACUGCUGUGCAUCACGGGCUCUGAAGCUAUGUUUGCAGAUUUGGGACAUUUCUCACAAUUGUCAAUACAGAUUGCUUUUACCUCUGUGGUCUAUCCAUCACUGAUCCUAGCGUAUAUGGGACAAGCUGCCUAUCUAUCCAGACAUCACAUUAUUGAAAGUGACUAUCGAAUUGGAUUCUAUGUUUCAGUGCCAGAACAAAUAAGGUGGCCAGUUCUGGGAAUAGCUAUACUGGCAGCCGUUGUUGGAAGCCAAGCAGUUAUCACGGGUACUUUCUCGAUCAUCAAGCAGUGCUCUGCUUUGAGCUGCUUUCCCAGGGUGAAGAUCGUUCACACGUCAUCUAAAGUACAUGGGCAAAUAUACAUCCCCGAGAUUAACUGGAUGUUAAUGAUAUUGUGCUUGGCCGUUACUGUUGGUUUUAGAGAUACAAAGCGCCUCGGUAAUGCAUCAGGGCUGGCUGUAAUUGCUGUGAUGCUGGUUACUACCUGCUUGAUGUCUCUUGUGAUAGUUCUGUGCUGGCACAGGAGCAUCUUUUUGGCUGUUUGUUUCAUUCUCUUCUUUGGAACGAUCGAGGCACUGUAUUUCUCAGCGUCCCUUAUCAAGUUUUUGGAAGGUGCUUGGGUCCCUAUUGCCCUCUCAAUUAUUUUCAUGGUAAUCAUGUAUGUGUGGCACUACGGUACUCUCAAGAAGUAUGAAUUCGACAUCCAGAAUAAGGUCUCCAUCGAUUGGCUCCUGGGUCUCGGCCCUAACCUAGGAAUUGUCCGUGUGAGAGGCAUCGGUCUCAUUCAUACUGAACUGGUAUCAGGAAUCCCAGCCAUCUUUUCACACUUUGUCACCAACCUCCCUGCAUUUCACCAGGUCCUUGUGUUCCUCUGCAUCAAGUCGGUGCCGGUGGCAUAUGUCAGGCCAGAGGAGCGGUUCCUUGUGGGCAGAAUUGGCCCAAAAGAAUACAGGGUCUAUAGGUGCAUCGCACGGUAUGGGUACCACGACGUCCACAAGGAUGAUUUAGAGUUCGAGAAGGACCUAGUUUGCAGCAUUGCCGAGUUCAUCCGGUCAGGCAUCUCUCAUCCCAGCGGCACGGCAGAACGAUCCGAGAAGGAUGAUAACAGAAUGGCUGUCGUCGGAGCUGGAAUACGAUUGUGUGAAGAGGAUGCUGACCCAGAAGAUGCAGCUGGCCCUUCAGGGUCAAAGGAGAUACAAUCAACUGUCACGGCAAGGAAAAAGAAGGUGAGAUUUGUGGUGCCUGAGAGCUCAGAUAUGGAUUCCAGCGUGAGGGAAGAGCUGCAGGAGCUGAUGGAAGCCCGAGAAGCAGGCAUGGCUUUCAUUAUGGGGCAUUCCGACGUCAGGGCAAAGAGUGGAUCUGGUUUGAUUAAGAGACUCGUCAUCGAUGUCGGGUAUGAUUUCUUGAGGAGGAAUUGCAGGGGUCCGGCCUUUGCAGUGAGCAUUCCUCAUGCAUCUACAUUGGAGGUGGGGAUGGUAUACAAUGUCUAAAUUCUAUCGUAACAGAUGUGUACAUCGAUGUUCUUAGUUUAAAUUAGUUCGAGGAUUCGGUUCCUCAGUUUCGGGCUGUCGAUUUCAGAAGCGUCUUCUUUUGCGGCAUGAAAUGAGAUCCUGUUUUGCA